AUGUGGCAGCUCAGCAUCCAAGAAACGGCUAAGGAAGGCUCCUCCAUUGGCGGUUCCAAAACGAAGGCCGAGCCCAUGUCCGGAGGCAUCACUCUGCCCGACCUCUACCUGUGGAGGGACUCCGGGCUCGUAAAAGACCUGUCCAUGGAAGACGCGCCUCACGCCCUGCUGGACAUCAAAUACGGCGACCUGCUCAUCUCGGAACUCAACCAGACGUACACGCCCGCGCAGACCGCAAUCUCCCCGACGGUCAAGCUGAGGGGCUUCUUGAGGUGUGGCCCUCCCUUCUCGCUGCUCAUGAUCGACGCGGACGCGCCCAGCAGGCAGCAGCCGUCGAAGCUCCACUGGAUGGUGCUCAACGGGAACAACGACGACAGGUUUCAUGACGGCGACGAGGCCCUGUCGUACAAGGGUCCGAACCCUCCCAAAGGGUCGGGAGCCCACCGCUACGUGUUCCUGGUCUACUGUCAGGACGGCCAGACGCUGAACAAGGACGACAUGGUGCCCAAGGACAGGUCCAUCAGCUACAACGUCUCCGCAUUCGGAACGAAACUGAAAACGAAACUCGCGGUGGCGGGCGCAUUCUUUCGCGCCGAGAACCCCUGA